CACGGUGCUGCAAAUGGUUUUAGGUAUAAAGAAAUGCCGCUAAGAAAAAAAAACUGCUAGAAAAUUCUACCGAUCGAGUGAUGUUAAUAGUGUUUUCUUUUAUCACAAAAUUGUUGUAUUUAUGCUCGGGCAGGUUUUUAAGUGCGUUCAAAGACUAAUUGGAAUUAAUUUACCGCGAAUGGUUUCAGAAUGAAUAACAAAUCAACUUUGUUAGUUUUUUUCAUUAAAUGUUCUGCAGCAGUGACUGCGGGGUAUAACAUCCCAGCAAGUCACGGCUACCGAAGCUUUAAUGCAUUAAAAGAAAGUGCAAGUUAUAAGGCCUUUGCGUAAGAAAGGAUGAAUGAUUGAUUACAUGUACAUAAGAGUUUCAGUUAAAAUAGUCAAUUUAGGCGUACGAAAUUCAUGGAAGCUUUAACAGAAACCUCAGUUAGCGCUUUUGGUUAUUAACCGGUGAAUAAACCAAUUGACUUACAGUGAUCAACAAACCUGUUUUCUAGUCACACAAACACUCAUCGCUGCAAUCUUAAUCAACAUGGCAACAGCCGGCACAAUCGCACCUUCGUUAGCGGCCAGUCGCAAUCUCUUUGCCGCGGAUAUUUUCCAAGCGUUAGCGCAGACGCGUGCACAGCAAAAUGUCGUCUUUUCACCAGCGUCCGUACAGAGUUGCUUGGCGCUAGCCUUUCUGGGCGCUGAAGGCGAAACGGCACAACAACUGCGCAGCGGCUUGCGUUUGCCAGCCGCGUUGGAUAAACCAAGCAUUGCGGCAGAUUAUGCGGCGUUUCUGCAGAAGAACUUCCAUAAAGACGCGAAUGCAGCGGAGGAUGCACCCAAAUUGCGCAUGGCUAAUCGUGUGUACGUCAAUGAGUCGCUGGAAUUGUCGGCAAAGUUCAAUGAACUUGCCAAAACUAGUUUUGAGUCUGUAGCGGUGCCAACGAAAUUCGCCGACGCCGCGAAUGCAGUACAAACCAUUAAUACGUGGGUAGAGCAUGAAACUGAGGGCAAAAUCAAGAACUUAUUACAACCAGAUGCCGUGGAUGCGGACACCAGCGCCAUUUUGGUGAAUGCGAUUUACUUUAAAGCCAAGUGGCUGCAUCCUUUCAGUGAGUUCUCAACUUCGGAACAUGAGUUCCGCAUGAGCGACGGCCAAACGUCAUCGGUGCCUACGAUGUACGGCGAUGAGCGUGUGAAAUAUGGCGAGUUAGCGGAUUUGGAUGCGAAAGCUAUCGAGUUGCCCUAUAAAAAUUCGGAUUUGUCAAUGCUGGUGCUUUUGCCCAAUAAAGUUGACGGUUUGGCGGCGUUGGAGCAAAAGUUGACGAAUGCUGAUCUGAAUUUGAUCGUCGAACGUAUGCGUGGCGCCGAUGUAGAUAUAUUUUUGCCAAAGUUUCGCAUUGAAUUCGAGGUGGAUCUGAAGCAACCGCUGCAGCAGCUAGGUAUGGUAGACAUGUUCAGCGGAUCAGCUGAUUUUAGCAGCCUUUUUGCGUCAGGUCCACAACAAAGAGUUGAUGAUGUCAAGCACAAGGCGUUCCUCGAUGUGAAUGAGGCUGGUUCCGAGGCGGCCGCGGCCACAUUUAUGAAAAUCGUGCCCAUGAGCCUGAACUUGAAUCAAAAAAUAUUCAAGGCGGAUCAUCCAUUUGUGUUUGCGAUACGAAAUAAGGAGGCCGUCUACUUUGUAGGGCAUGUAGCGAGGUUGUAAAGCAACUGAAUGUAUUGAGUGAAGAUUUUGAAAGAAAAAAAUUCGAAUAUAUUUGUAAAAUAUUUUUUAAUUUAAUAAAAAAUAUAUUCACUAACGGAA